AUGAUGAUGACUGUUUUGAUAACUGAGGAUCCUGGGAGGUCAAUCGAUGUUUACUUAAGGCCGCUGGUUGAUGAGCUGAAGGAUUUAUGGACAAACGGUGUUCGCACGUACGAUAAAUCAACUGGGAAGAUGUUCACUUUGCGGGCAGCAGUUAUGUGGACUGUGAAUGAUUUCCCAGCAUAUGCAAUGGUUUCUGGGUGGAGCACAAAAGGUUAUAUGGCAUGUCCUGUAUGCAAGGAAGAUGUAACUUCUGGUUGGCAUGCUGGAAAAGUUUGUUACCUUGGUCAUCGGAGAUGGUUGCCAUGGGACCAUGAGUGGAGGGAAAAAGAUAAAGAGUUCGACGGGAACACAGAGCGUCGCCUUAGACCCAGAGAAUGGUCCGGUGAUGAGAUAUUGGACCAGCUUAACCGGUUGGAUUUUGCUCCCUUCGGGAAAACAGUUAGUCGUAUAAGACCUUCUACACAUAUGAACUGGACGCACAAGCCUAUGUUUUUUGAGCUCCCAUAUUGGUCGAAACUAAAAUUGAGGCACAAUCUAGAUGUGAUGCAUGUUGAGAAAAAUGUAUUCGACACAUUGGUGGGCACGAUUCUAGAUAUCGAGGGGAAGACAAAGGACACGAUCAAAGCUCGUCUUGAUUUGGAAAGAAUGGGCAUACGAAGGGGUUUAUGGAUGAAUAGGGACAAUGAUAAAGCUAGAAGGGAUCUUGCAUUCUUUUCUAUGAAACCGAAUGACAAGAAAGAGUUUCUAAAGUUUGUAUCGUCAGUAAAGUUUCCCGAUGGGUAUGCUUCUAAUAUCGCACGUUGUGUGAAUGUUGACGGGGGUAAAUUUACUGGACUUAAAAGCCAUGACUGCCAUGUGUUUAUGCAACGCCUACUUCCUGUUGGUAUUCGACACCUAUUGCCGGAAGAUGUAGUGAAGCCAAUCAUUUUGUUGUCCAGAUUUUUUUCCCAACUGACGGCAAAAACUUUGCGAAAAACGGACAUGUUUCAGUUGCGCCAUGACAUUGUCCAAGUCCUAUGCAAGUUUGAGAUGAUAUUUCCUCCAGCUUUCUUCACAAGUAUGAUGCACGUGAUGGUUCACUUGCCAGAAGAGGCAUUACUUGUUGGUCCUGUCAACUAUCGCUGGAUGUAUCCAAUAGAAAGGCUUCUCGGAGAGCUGAAAAAAAGUGUACGCAACAGGGCGAAGCCCAAAGGAUCAAUCGUAGAGGCUUGGGUUCAAUAUGAGUCGCUUACUUUCUGCGGAAUGUAUUUAAAAGAUGUGGAGACGGUUUUCAAUCGUCCUCAGCGCAAUCAUGAUGGAGGUAUGAGAAAUGAAAAACUUUCUGUUUUUGCCCAAAGCGCACGACCCUUCGGAGAUCCUGGACGCGGAGAGUCGUUUUCUAGAAAUGACAUGGAGGUAGCGCAUUGGUUCGUACUGAACAAUUGUGAUGAGAUCAUGGGAUACUUAUAUGAGCAUGAAGAGAUGAUGAAGCGAGAACAUCCAUCACAUUUGGUUGCCCAGAAACACCGUGAAUUGUUUCCACAAUGGUUUUUGGAUUCUGUGAAUAAGUUGAAAUCAUCGAAUUCCCCAACUUACAGUGAUGAGUUAUAUAACUUGGCGUUCGGCCCGAUUCGCGCUGAAUUGUUCUCGGGUUGUAAUGUCAACGGCGUCAAAUUUUUGGCCGAAGCACGAGAUGACAAGUUGUGUACGCAAAACAGCGGUGUCCAUGUCCCAGGUGGAGGCGAAAGUACGGACAUUGAUUUCUAUGGCAAACUCACAACUGUCGUGCAAUUGCUUUACAAAGAUCGAUACCAAGUGAUCAUGUUUAAGUGUCGAUGGUUUGACACCAACCCAAAUAGGCCGGGAAGUGUUAAAAUCGAUCAUGGCUUACUAUCUGUGAACAUGAACAGAACUUGGUAUGAUGACGACCCUUAUAUUUUGGCAAACAUGGCAACACAAAUUGUGUAUCUAGAUGACCCUAAAGCCGGAAGCGGUUGGAACGUUGUUCAAAAGAUGGAUCACAGGAACGUGUAUGCUAUACCAGAACUAGACCCAACUGACAACGACGUCAACAAUGUGGUUGACCAACGUUUAGAAUCUUCAAUGGAAAAUGAUGCGGAAACACUUCGAGAUACUAAUGUUAUACAAGAGCCAUUUCAAAUACAAGGAGUGUCUUCAAUCGAAAUACCGAUUCAGUCAAUUACAAUUGACCUCGGUGAUCUUCCGCGAUAUGAUGUUGCAGUUGGCCCGAGCAACGACGAUGAUGUAGUUAUAGAGGAGGCGGAGGAGGAGGAGGAGGAAGAGGAUUGGGAGACCGAAAGUGAUGAUAGCAACGAUAACGAAAGUUAUUAUAGUUCAGAUGAUGAAUGA